GUAUUAGACCAUACUGUUAUCAUAAUAUGGGAAAAUAAAAAUAAAUUUAAGGGGGGUGUUUGUUAAUGUAUCUGAUCAUUUCCUUUUCUCUUACCAACCCAUAUAAAAGUUGGUUUCUUUGCUCAACUUCAUCAUUCAAAUUCAUUCAUACAUACAUAUUUUCAUAACACUUUCACAUUUUUUUCCCUAUACUUUUUUAUAGGGUUCUCAAUCUCACCAUCUUUUCAAUCUAUUUCUGUAAUGUGCUGUGGAUUUGAAGCUAAUUUUCAUCAACAACUCUUCUGGAUUUUGUUUUUCAUUGUUGGGUUUCUCUUCAAUUUGGAUUUUCUUGUUGAUUUUUCAGUUCAAGUUUAUAAUUUUCAAUCAUGCCGACCCUCAUCAAUUACAGUGGGAAAGAUGAAUUGUACAAUGAGAGAUCAUUCUACCCUUCUUGCAAACGUGCGCGAAUCGAUGCCCCAUUUGUACUAUGGGGUCAUGAAUCUGAGCAAGAGAAGAGAUCAUCCAUUAAUGUUCUUCCUGAUGAAUGCCUCUUUGAGAUCUUCAGGCGUUUGCCUGGCCAAGAGAGAAGCAACUGUGCUUGUGUCUCCAAGCAUUGGCUUACUCUUUUGAGCAGCAUCCGCAGGGCUGAAAUGUGUGACAAUGAUACUGUUAUGGUAUCAGAUGACAAAGAAGUGGAUGGCUGUCUUACGAGGUCUGUGGAAGGGAAGAAAGCUACUGAUGUGAGACUUGCUGCUAUAGCAGUUGGAACCGCUGCUCGAGGUGGACUAGGGAAGCUUUCUAUUCGAGGAAGCAACUCUAGUCACGGUGUGACAAAUUUCGGUCUCUCAGCUAUAGCUCGUGGUUGUCCGUCUCUCAAAUCUCUCUCUGUAUGGAAUGUUUCUUCUAUUGGCGAUGAAGGUCUCUUUGAGAUAGCAAAUGAAUGUCACGUGUUGGAGAAGCUUGACCUAUGCCAAUGUCCAUCUAUCACCAACAAGGGUUUAAUUGCGAUUGCUGAAAAUUGCCCGAAUUUGACUACUUUGUCAAUUGAAUCAUGCGCCAACAUAGGCAAUGACAGCAUCCAAGCAAUUGCUCAGGGCUGCACUAAACUAGAAUCGAUUUCCAUCAAGGAUUGCCCUUUAGUUGGAGACCAAGGGCUUGCAAGUUUAUUAUCAUCAUCGUCUUCAGUUUUGGCCAAAGUGAAGCUCCAGAGCUUAAACAUCUCAGAUUUCUCUCUUGCUGUCAUUGGCCACUAUGGGAAAUCUCUCACUAGCCUCACCUUGAUCAACCUCAGGAACGUGAGUGAGAAAGGGUUUUGGGUUAUGGGUAAUGCCCAAGGUUUGAAGUCUCUGGCAUCCUUGUCAAUUUCUUCAUGUUUGGGAGUCACAGAUUUGAGUCUUGAAGCUAUUGCCAAGGGCUGCUCUACCCUGAAACAAAUUUCCCUCCGCAAUUGCUGCUUCAUGUCAAACAAUGGAUUAUUGGCACUGUCAAAGUCAGCGGAAUCUCUUGAGAACAUGCAUUUAGAGGAUUGCAACAGAAUUACCCUACCUGGGGUAAUUUCCGCCCUCUCUAAUUGCAGCUCAAAGUUCAGAUCUCUUUCCCUUGUUAAAUGCAUGGGUCUGAGGGACAUGGCCUUUCAAGAUGUGGUCCUAAACCCUUGCAUAUCCCUUCGAUGUCUUUCAAUCAAAAACUGCCCCGCCUUUGGUAGUGCUAGCUUGGCUAUUUUGGGUAAGAUGUGUCCCAACCUAAGGCAGGUAGACUUGAGUGGCCUCUAUGGGAUGACAGACGAGGGUAUUCACUCUCUCCUUGAGAGCUCUUUGGCGGGGCUUGUUAAGUUGAACCUUAACGGCUGCAUAAACCUGUCCGAUGAAUGUGUUACUGCUGUUGCUAGACUCCAUGGCGAGACCAUCAAAGUGCUGAAUCUUGAUGGGUGCAGGAAGAUUACUGAUGUGAGCUUAUCUACCAUUGCUAGUAGCUGCCCGUUGCUUAGCGAUCUUGAUGUCUCAAACUCUGCAGUAACUGAUUCAGGCAUCGCUGCUUUAUCUUGCUCAGAGCAACUAAACCUGCAGAUCCUUUCCAUAUCAGGCUGUUCUAAGAUAUCCAACAAGAGCUUACCAUACCUUAUUCAGUUAGGAAAAAGCCUGGUUGGUCUGAACCUUCAGUAUUGCAGUUCACUUAGCAGUAGCAGUGUUGAUAUGCUGAUGGGAAAUCUAUGGAGAUGUGAUAUUCUCUGCUGAAUAUCAUCACACAUCAUUCUGCACCGCCAUCUUUAGUUUUUCUGCUCACUAGAAGUUGCUCAGGAAUUUUUACAGCUCAGGUUCGAUUGUUUUCCGGGUAGAUCAUUGGAGAAAACCACACUACCAUCUUUUUGCAGGCUUCAGAACCCUGUUCAGAUUUUUGUCUCCUACGUAUAGGAAGGCCCUAGCUACACACCGUUGAUCCCCCUUUUGAUUGUACAAUCGCCUGAUCGUGUUUUACGAGCUUCUACAUUGUGGGUAAAGUCGAGUUUUCAAGCUGCUCGGACGGGUUAUCGAGAUUUUCCCUCUGCACCACAGCCUUUUGCAACACAAGUCUGUUCCACAGAGUCUUUGUUCAUAUGUUUGGAGUCUUUGGCUUCCGCUUUUUUCUACUAGUUCAGUUAGAAACUACAUCUAGUUUAUAGUUGCUUUAGACAGUUUUAUGUGAUGAUAGGAAGUAUGUUGGAGUCAUGGGCUUUGGCAAUGGCAAUGAGUGUAAAAGCUCAUUUUGCCAUUGACAACCUUUUCUAGGUUGUUUUUUUGGUACUCUCCAAGGUUCUAGUUUUUUUUUUCUGGCUCUUCCUAUUUGCUGAAUCUGUACUUGGCAACUGUAUUCUUAGUGUUAAAAGUAUAUUGUUUUGUUAAAAAAAAAAAACUAAAAAAUAGAAAAAAAAAAAUUGGAGCUUUUUUGCUUCAUUGCUGCU